AUGAUGCCUUCAAGCGGGCACUUGCUGCUCCCAAAGUUUUGGAGAGCGGCUAGGUUCGCCUACGAGAAGGCCUACAAGGCCGUUAGGUCCAAACUACCAGAACCGACUCAACAAAUACUUCGAGUCCAGCCGGCAUAUGCACGUAUCACCCCUCGCCAGCCCAUCAACCGAGCUGCUGCUAUCCGCCAAGCCCGGAGCCGUCCUUUCUCAACCCGUGCGGCGAGUUCGUUUAUCUCGUACAUCCGGACCGGACUCCAGGGAGAGCGUGCUGCUUAUCCGCCAUCCCGCGUUGCCACUAAUGUUGGCCGUCUGACUACCCGUGCGCCGUUUGCGUCGACGCUCCGUCCGAACUUGACCGGAGGUACUCUGGGCCGUACGGCAGGUGGAUAUGCCUAUGGUGCUGGCCGUAUCGGGGGACAGCGGUUCUUCUCACAUGGACCAGCUGCCCCUGCUCAGGUUAUCAAUAAUGUAUCUGCGGGUGUGCGGGCUUUCUUCCUUUCCGGACAGAAACUCCGCUUCGAUGGCAUUGACCCAAUUUCCGGAAACAAGCGGUACAAAGCUGUGAGCAAGAUCCAGGACCAGGCUGAGCGCCAGAUGACCGCUAUCCCUCGCACUGCUCCUGGUUCCCACAUUGACUUCCAGCUUUCGCCUACCAUCACCGCCAUGGCCGGUGUUCAAAAGAAGUUUACCUCUGUAGACACUGCUGAUGCUGAGACUCUUAACUCGGAGGGUCUUAUGGACAUGCUCUCUGUCGAUUUUGCUCGUGCAUUGAAGGACUUCGCCGCUGUGCUCAAUGAUCUCAAACGUCUGAGUUCGUUGGGUGAUUUGCCCAUCGAGCUACAUGAUAGAUCAACGAUCCGCGUGCGGUUCCCUGGGUGCGAUGCGGAGACGGUCGAGCGCAUUUGCGAUGAAGUCGGGGUCCAGCGAGGCAGGAUCAUUCAGGAUGAAGACUUUGAUCUCCAUGCAGGUGCUGAUUUGGCUCUUCGUUUCCCAUUUGCGCCCAGUGUUCCGGCAUCUCCGGAGAUGGAGUGCUUUUUCCAGAGUGAAGCUUCACAGGUCCCUGAAGAAGUCGACUGGAAAGCGAUGAUGUCCUCAGAGAACAAGUCGGCUUCAUCACGAGGGUCCUCAAAGCAGAUUAAGAACGAAUUUGUUCUGGCAGAAGACAUGUUCGGUUCGAACCCAUGGAAAUCAGCUUCGCCGUCGGAAUACUCGAGCAUCAACAUCAGCGACCUUGGUGACCGUGCAUAUUUCCCGGAGAUAUCUAGCGCUGGUGUCCCCAGUAGCACCUCUGGCUACAACAGUGUGGAAGGCAUCCAGAAGUUCAUAGCAGAAUGUGACCGAGCCGCGGUGCGUCAGUAA